UCAACUUCAAAAUUUUCUCUUCCUAAUUCUCACCAUGGCUGACAACUACUACCCAACCCAAGCCCAAAAACCAAAACCCACCACCAUCACAAUCGCCACGUCAGCAUCAUCAUUACUUCGGAAUCAUGUUUCAAACUCAACUCAGCUCUUCGGCCUCUUGACCCUUCUAAUAACAUGGGCCAUCUCGCUGGUCCUCACAGGCCUAACGGUCAUAAUAACAAUCAUGGGCCUUAUCUUCUUCGCGCCAGUGAUAAUAUUGUUAAGCCCAAUAUGGGUUCCAAGUUUCGCCAUUCUCUUUGUCUUCACCGUGGGGUUCUUGUCCACGUGCGGGUUUGGUAUUGUUGUAGUGGCUAUUCUCACUUGGAUGUUCCGUUACUUUAGGGGACUCCACCCUUCAGCGGGACAUGGCUUGCCAAGUAAGUUGAUUGAUACCGCGGCCUCAGUCUGAUUGAGAUUGAGAAGACAAGUUUAGUAUAGAUAGAUAGAUUGGAUUAGAUUGCGUUUAUGAUUUCCUUCAACUUCCCUAUGUCUUAGGUGUGGAAUUUUCUCAAUACGAAAACUGAAAUAAAUGGUUUGUUAUUUUAUUUGUAUA